GCUGGAUCACUCCACUGCUUACGACUUGGGAAAAUGAUAAGUCUCUCAAAAUUGUCAUUGAUAGUUUUGUUUUUCAUUGCAAAAGUAUAUGCUGUAAAGAUACUUGAGGAUGUAGGGAACUACGAUUUGGUUUUCCAUCGCUUUGAAAAGUGCGAAAAACGAGGCAAGUACGAUUUUUUAUCGAAUUUAAACAUUGGAAAGUUGAACAGAACACACCUGAUAUACACUGGCACCGUAGACACCGGUGUCGAUGUGGACGACAAGCUAAAAAUACAUGUCAUAACUGCUAUGAAGGGAUCGAAUGGACGUUACAGCACACUCAUUGAUAUAAAAUUAAAGGCUUGUGACUUGGCCACAAUAUUUUUCAAGGACGUUGUUCUCUUGGCUGCUCAUCACUGCAAUGUAUCAUUCGUAUGUCCCAGAGAAAGGGUUCAAUGUCAUUUUAAAGAUUUUAUUGUGAUUUUGAAACUGAACAAUAUGCCAGGUAUACCGUAUGGUGACUAUAGGGUGCAAUUCACAAUACUCAGAUCAUUACCUUAUGCUAUUGAGGAGAGAAUAUCCUGUAUUAGAAUGUAUGGAGCGGUAAAGGAACAAAGUUCUCUACUCUAGACAAACAAAAAAAGAUUUUAACAUAAUGAAUUAUAAUAUAUAUCAUUUCUAAUGAGAAUCAUUUGAUGAAAAUGGCAAUAAAUUCAUUCUUGUUUGCUGGGUGAAAA